UUUUGCAUAUUUGGUGAAUUAUUUGAAUGUUAGGCCAUCCCUACUACAAAGACGACCAUCCGACUACGAAGCACCAACCGGAUCCCCUCCCUCCGUCGCUGCACCUGUUUCCAGUCGGACCAAAAGCACUGCAAUCUGCCCGGCAAAAUUGGGCAGCAAAUCAGAAUUAUCCGGAUGGCCUGCACUCUUCCUCCGUUCUGGCUGAGAAAACUCCCUCUACCACUCCACGAAACUAUUUUCCCCGCCCCCUCUACCACUCCUUUACUUCAAAAAUGUAAAUUUACCGGCGGGUUAAGAACCAAAUGACAAAUGAACUAUCCGUUUAAAAUAUGCAGAUAAGUGUUCCCAAUUAAAUCUUAUGAAACCGUUUGAGUAUUAAGUUGAUAUAUUCAAUUUUCUAAUGUUUCAGGUGCACGAUUGAUUGAUUGAUUAUACAUAACAUUCAUGUUUUAUGUUCCAAAUUAGUAGUUGAUACUACGGGUAUAUCUUUUAGGCUCUAGCUAGCUAGGGGCAUGAAAUUUUAAUGAAAAUUAAUUAUUUUCUGCAGGAUCGGAGGAUCUUAGUUCUCAGUUUCCUCCAUGGAAGUAAAACAUUUGAGGACCGGCAGCUGCUUCACCUCAGCAUAAACUUGAGGGUUAUUUUGCUUUGCACGGAGAAGUAAAAUUUGGUCAUAAGUUUCACUCUUAGCUUUUUGUUUGGUGUUGGGUGGCUCUCGUUCAACGGGCAGUAGCGUCCAGCAGCAGAUUAGUGAUGAUGGUGAGGAUAUUUACAUUGUUCAUGAUUUGCAGCAAAGCUGACGCCGGAGAUGGUGAGUGAAAUGAGCCGCAAGGAAGGGUUUAUCUCGGCCAGUCCUCAGAAAGUGUACCAUUUGCAGACAACCCAUUCUCCUGACUUCUUGGGGCUCCUCCGGCAAGACGUUGCUGGGUUUUGGCAAAAGUCAAGCGGUUAUGGUAAGGGUGUGAUAGUCGGGCUUUUGGACACUGGGAUCACCCCAACCCACCCGUCGUUUUCCGACGAAGGCAUCUCACCUCCCCCUCCAAAGUGGAAGGGGACUUGCGAUUCUGAUGUAAAACCAUCGUGCAACAACAAACUUAUAGGUGCAAGAAGUUUCAUCGACGGAUCUUCGUCGUUAGACGAAGAAGGGCAUGGCACACACACUUCCGGAACGGUUGCUGGAAACUUUGUGAAGGAUGCGUCCGUGUUUGGAAACGCUAAUGGCACGGCUUCUGGAAUGGCGCCACUGGCUCACGUGGCUAUGUACACGGUCUGUGACAUGUUUGGAUGCGUCUCUUCUGCCAUACUGGCUGGAAUGGAUGCAGCCAUAGAGGAUGGCGUCGACGUCCUCUCUGUUUCCCUAGGAGGUGCCUCUCUGGCUUUCUUUGAUGAUGUCAUCGCCAUGGGUACCUUUGCUGCUAUGAGGAAAGGCAUUUUUGUAAGUUGUGCAGCCGGUAAUUCUGGCCCCGAUCAACAAACAUUGUCGAAUGAGGCUCCCUGGCUUCUUACAGUCGGGGCUAGCACAAUCGAUAGACGCAUCAUGGCAACACUCAUUCUUGGAAACAAGGUCGAACUGGAGGGUGAAUCAGUUAACCAGGCUGAGGUCUUACCUCUAAUGCCUUCACUGCCUCUGGUAUACCCAAAAAAUGAUGAAACCUUCUGUGAGUCAUUGGAUGGAACAGAUGUGAAAGGAAAAGUGGUGGUGUGUGAGAGAGGAGGGGGAGUGAGCCGAGUUGUUAAGGGGGGAGUAGUGAAGGCUGCCGGUGGGGCCGCCAUGGUUUUAGUGAAUGAUAAAUCCAAUGGUGACUCAAUAUUAGCUGAUCCUCAUGUGCUUCCAGCUACCGAGUUGAGUUACAGUGAUGGGUUGCAGGUCAAAGCCUAUGUAAAUUCCACCUCAUCACCUACUGCCACUAUUGCAUUUAAAGGAACUGUUAUAGGGGAGAAAAAUGCACCAGAAGUUGCAUCUUUCUCUUCCCGAGGGCCUAACCAGGCUAGCCCAGGAAUUCUCAAGCCAGACAUUAUUGGACCUGGGGUCAACAUUCUUGCUGCAUGGCCCGAUUCGGUGGAUAAUGAGAUUAUUAAGACGACAAUGAGUAAUUCAAACCCACCAAAGUUUAACAUGAUUUCUGGCACCUCAAUGUCAUGUCCUCACCUUAGUGGCAUUGCAGCCUUGCUGAAGAUUGCACACCCCACUUGGUCUCCCGCUGCCAUCAAAUCUGCGAUCAUGACUACGGCGUAUCAGAACAACCUCAACGGCGAUAAGAUCAAUGACGAAACGUCAAGUCCUGCUGAUUUCUUUGCCAUAGGUGCAGGUCAUGUGAACCCGGGAAGAGCGAAUGAUCCCGGGCUGGUGUAUGACUUGCAACCUGAUGAUUAUAUACCGUACCUAUGUGGUCUCAAUUACACGGAUCAACAGGUUCAAAUGAUUGUGCAGCAGAAAGUUUACUGUUCCAAUGUUACCAGCAUACCCGAGGCCCAAUUGAAUUACCCAUCCUUCGCUAUCCAACUCGGAACAAAAACUCAGUUAACAUAUUCGAGGACGAUUACCAACGUUGGAGAUGCAAAUUCCACGUAUGUCGCUAAUAUCACUACCAUCCCGGGCGUUGAUGUUGAGGUAACGCCAAAAAGUCUGAUCUUCCGUGAGGUGAACCAGAAACUGUCUUAUAAUAUUACCUUUGCUCGAAUUUCUAAUAAAGGUUUUAGUAAUGGUGAUAGUAAGACAGUUCAAGGGGCAAUAUCUUGGGUCUCUAGUAAGAACAUUGUGAGAAGUCCAAUUGUUGUUGAACCAUUGGGAUUACGGAGUAUCAUCAUUGAUGAAAAAGUGGGGGUAGAUGCAGAAUGAUUGAUUACCCUUGACAAACUGCCUUUGCUACAAAAGUCUAAGCAAAAGUGUGUUUGGUUAUUCUUCUAAAAGUUUCAGUCUGAAACCAUUGCACGAGGUUACGUACGUCAUAGUUGGAGAUUUGCAUUUGUUACCAUGUAUUUCACACGAGUCAUGACAAUAAAACUAAAACUUAAGGGUGUUUGGCAAAGCACCUAUUAGUCAUCUUUUUUAGAUGUAUUCUACAUGGUCAAACAACUAAUAGUAUUUCUUAUGUUAUAAAUAACACUUUGAAUUAAUUUUUUUAUGUCAAGUAACAAAAAAAGAAAAACUACAUUCCUUUAUUUCCAUUGCAACUUCACUGCCAAAGAAAGUGGCUGAACAUCAAACGAAGCAUGUCUACACUCUCUAGCUCGAUGAAGUCGAUUGGGAAAGAGAAUGCAGGUAACCGGAUGAAGAGCAAAGCUGUCCAGAUUGCUCUAUGCAACUCGCUCUACAUCAUUUGGAAGACAAGCUAGAGACACAAUGAAGUUCAAACAUACUCGUACUACUCUGGAUGUUGUUAUUAAUAUAAAACUCUUUGUUUACAGAAUUUUAUAUACUCUCUCCGUCCCAAUUUGAUAGUCUCAUUUCUUUUGGGCACAAAUUUCCAUCAUUUGCAAUGGAGCCAAAGAUUCAUUAUUUUUUGGCUUGAGAUUAUGAUGGAAUAAAACAAAAUGGCUCACUAAACUGUCUGCGCUUCUUUGUUAUGGAGCAGCAGUCAGUCCAUGCAAUUUUGGACGUGAUUUUCACUAUGGGUCAUCCGGAAACAGUCUCUUUGUGCUUUAGUACAGGGGUAAGACUGCGUACAUCCGACCCCCCCUUACCCCACCGUAGGUGGGAGCCUUUGCGGCACUGGGGUAAAUGAAAAUGAAAAUGAUGAUUUCUUUUGGACACAAGUUUUAAUAAAGUGGUUGAAAAGGUAAAAGUUGUGAUUGAGAUUUGAGUAUAAUAAAGUGAAAUGAUAUGGACCACAUCUUUUUUUCCAAAAGGGAAACAGUACCAUCAUUUUGGGACAUCCCAAAAAGUAAAUACAGGACUAUCAUUUUGGAACGGAGGGAGUAGCAUUUAUCCGGUGAGUAUGAUCAUGUUUUAGACUUUAGACUUGUACCAUUGUGAACUCUGAUUUAUGUGUUUUAGGUUAUUGGGUGUAGUUCGCCCAAUAUGAGGGAAUGCCCUCUUUUUGUUUGUACGUUUUGCUUGGUAGUUGGUACUGCGAGUAGGACUGUUUGAUGGGACUUUUAGCUAGAUUGGAUAACAUUAGAGGGAUUGCUCUCUAAAUUUUGGGCUUGAAUUAGUUGAAUACAUUUACAUUUUAACCUUGAAAAAUUAUUUGAGUAUCUUUUCAUAU